GAACGUUAUCGAAACACGCACCAAACGGCUCAAGCAUUUAUCUCUUUUCAGGAAUACCAGUUCGAAGCGAUGGCUACAGUGGACCUUUACCAGAUUUGUGAGAAAUACAGAGAUGUUCUUACUAAAAAAGAAAGGAAAGCAAAGAAAGGAAAGAAAGCAAAAAAAGCCAAAAAGACUCAAGGUAUUUUGGACUUGAGUGGUCUCAAACUAACUGUCACUGGUCAAGUCGAGUGGAAGAGUCUCCCAGUGGCACAGCAACAAGCACAAGGCUAUCUCUUUCCUCAAAGAAUUAGCGAGAUUAAUGUGAGUAGAAUCCACGAGCACUACAGAAACGUCAAAAUUCUUUCUGGGAGAGUCGUUGGUAUCUACAAUCUUUUGAAGAUGAAAGGACCGGAUGGUAGUGAGAUCAGUAUCGAUCCCGGGUGUUCAUCCUGUGAUUUCCAGGACCAAGCACAGAUCACUGUACAAGGGAGCUGUCAGUAUGAAAAUAUCUGUAGCUACUACCUUUACACUCCCCAAGUGACUGUAACCUUAGCCGACGAGAGACAAAAAUAUAGUUUCGAGUGCUGGGUAGUCUGUGAAGGAUCUGUCAAGCUGGUGUUGGAGAAUGGUAGUUAUGAGCUUGGAGACAUUCUGGGAGUUGUCAGUGAUGUUAAGGAAAGUUCACUUAUCAGAACGAUCAACAAAAAAGAUGCCGUGUGCUGGAAAAUGACUGGUGAAUACACGACCAACGGUAACCCCCAGCAAACAAUUGAAAUAGAAUAAGCGCCAAGCAAGAAAAAAUGUAUGAAAUACAACAGAAUGCAUUCAAAUAUGUCCUAGCACUUAAAAUAAUUCGCUACAUAGAAAAGAUUAAUUAAUACUAGACCAAUUUUUUAAACUUGAAUUUUCAAGACAAAUCUAUCUUGUUUAAAAGUUCAUUAGAGUAUUGAAUAUAUAUGCAAAAAUACAUUUUCAAAAAAAUAAACAUGCAUAAGUUUGUUUUUUACGUUCCUGAAUUCGUUGAUGAUGAAAAUGCUUCACUUAUUAAAAAAUGUAUCUGGUAUUAUAUUAAAGAUCUGGUUAUCAUUUUGUAUCUAGCGAUUUAGAAAGUAGAUGUUUAUCAUUACUGUAGAAAACAUUUAUCUAGACAAGGUGAUAUUUUAGUAGAGACCAUUUUUGUGUUGAAUUAUUUAUCGUUAAAUUAUUAUCGUUAAAUUGUUAGGGUGGAAUCAUUCUGGACUUUAAUUAUUUAUGACUAACUUAUUUAGGGUUUAAUUAUUUAGGGUUAAAUUUAAAUAAGUGUUGACAGGAAUGCAUUUUUCGAAACACCCAAGAAUUUAUCAGCGAAUUGAUCUGCUUAAUGAUAUUAUUUUUUUAAUAAAAUGUAAAAAAAAUGAAUUUUAAAAAGUUUUUGCUGUUUGUUGUGUGUAUUUUAAGUGGUGUGUAAUCGGACAGUUAAUAGGUCC